ACAUACCAUAAACUUUAUAUACAUUUACUGUAUUAUAUGUAUGUCUCUAUGUAUUUGACAGCCGUUUCCCACACCAGCACUAGUAGGUUGUCGUUGUUGUUGUUAUUUUUGGUUAUCUGACUGUCUGUCCCAUUGUCAGUGUGUGUGUGUGUAAGUGACCAGUGCUUCGGUAGCUAUAAUAAUAAUGACCAACAAAUAAUCAUUACCCGCUAUAGACUACCCGAUAAAUAGUUUAUAUAUAGCCUAAUAAUAAUAAUAAUAAUGACGGAAAAGGAGGCCAUAGACGGCGCCGACGGCCACCAAACCGAUCAUCGCGGUAGCGGCGGUAACCGUCGAGGCCAUCAUCAUCAUCGCCAACCAACCGAUACGGACGGACAACGGCCGCCGCCGCCACCGCCGCAGCCAAUAGACGAUAGGUCGCUAUCAUCAUCACCGCCGCCGCCGCCACCGUUACCGCUGCCGUCUCAGCCAUUAUCGCACAACAACAACAACAACACCGUCGGUAAUGGUGUCCACCAUCAACACCAACAACAACAACAUCCACAGUUACCGCACGGCUGGGAACGUAUAUGCGAUGCCCAGUACGGUGUCUACUAUAUCGAUCACAUCAACAAACGGACACAAUAUGAGCGGCCGUACGAAACGGAACUGUCGAAAGGUGCGGCCGGUUUCGGCUUUACACUCGUCGAGAUUGAUAAAGGUCUCGUAGUGGUCAAGAGUAUCAUACCCGGCGGUCCCGCACACCUAUCGGGCGAAAUUGAACCCGGCGACAUACUGGUAUCGGUAUCUGGUGUAUCGGUAGACGGUCUCCAACAUGCCGACAUUGCCCGCUUGUUUGCCACGUUUACCGUCGGCGAUCGUAUCAGUUUGACGUUUGCACGCGGCUAUCAGCUGCCGGUCGACCUGAACGACGACGACUACGAUAUACUAACUGUCGAACUGACAAAAGGCAUACAAGGUUUCGGGUUUACCAUAUGUGAUGCACAGUUAGGCCAGAAAGUGAAAAAAAUAUUAGAUGUCGACCGUAGCCACGAUCUCAAACAAGGAGAUAUACUUAUGUCCAUAAAUUCAAUUAAUUUAUCGGAAAUGUCUCAUCUGGAAGUAGUCGAAGCCCUGAAACAGUGUCCGGUAGGCCAGUCGGCCAUAUUGAUGGUCAAACGUCCGAAACUACAACAUAGGUAUCGCCAGCAGCAGCACCAGCAGCAAAGGUUACCGCAGACACCGUUGGAGACCAACAACAACACCAGUAGUAGAUGGCAUACAAACGGCAGCAAUAAUCAGACAACGACACCAACUGAUGAUGAGCUGAUGAUGAUGUCGAUGGCCACCACCACCAACCAUAACAACAACAUCACCACAACAUAUACACCCAAUGGCUAUACUAAUAAUAAUCACAAUAAUAAUAGCCAUUUCUAUGAUCCAAACACUGGUGAUGGCUAUUAUUAUGCUAAUCAUAGCCCAAUUCAAAAGUCACAAUUACUACCGCAUCCGCCGCCGCCAGCAAUGACCAGAUUGUCAUCGGACGACAUGUCAUUGGACACAACAUUUCAGUCAAUAGCCAACAAUACCGAUAAUAUGUUAGCGACUAUACAGAUGUCGACGACAACUACAGGAGUUCCUACCGAUGACCACCAGUUCGACUAUAUUCAGGCAACGCUUAACCGAUCCGAUCAGGGAUUCGGCUUUCGGAUAGUCGGCGGUGCCGAAGAAGGUCGCAAUGUAGCCAUCGGUUCGAUAGUCAUCGGCGGUGUCGCCCAUCGGGACGGUCGCCUCAAGGCAUCCGACGAAAUUGUAUCCAUAAACGACCGGAACGUUUCGGGUGCCGCACAUCACGACGUUGUCGAACUAAUGUCCCGUACAGGUCCGACCGUAUCGAUUCUGGUCACUCGGCGCCGAUAUUCGGGAACCUAUGACGUUGCCCUGUAUCGGGACGAUCAGGAAGUCGGGUUCGGUUUUGUUAUCAUAUCGUGCGGCGAUUGCGCCCUCAUUGGCCGUAUCAUCGAAGGUUCGCCCGCACAUCGGUCACAGCGGCUACACAUUCGCGACCGUAUUGUUGCCGUCAACGGCUCGGAUAUUACGGCUCUCAGUCAUCCCGAUAUUGUCCAACUGAUCAAAGAAUCGGGUGAUAGUCUAACCCUACGUAUAAUACCUGCCGACUGUUACUACGUUGAACUCGCGCGCGGCCAUAACGGCUACGGUUUUUCCAUACGCGGUGGCCAAGAGUUUAACGGUAUGCCAUUGUUUAUACUGAGGAUAGCCCCGGACGGACCGGCUGUCGGUUUGUUGGGCAUUGGCGACGAAAUUAUCGAAAUCAAUGGCUAUUCAGCCGUUGGUCUCACACAUGCCGAAGCUGUCCACUCGAUUAGUCAAAGUGGAUCGGCUGUCAAACUUAAACUGAGGCGCAAUUAUGCAAUAAGUAAUACCAGUAAUAAUAAUAAUAGUACUUAUAAUAGUGUCAAUUGGGCGCCCACUACUACCACCACCAACUCAUUGCCGCCCAUACCUACGUUGCCAACAUUUAUGGAGUAGUCAGUCCAUACCCGAACCCCCCCCCACCACCAACCCCUUACCGGGUACUACCAUACUGUCCACACACACACAUAUAUACACAAUUGGUUCGGUAGUCUACCGUAAUCAUCAUUUUUUAGCCCCACCCCCUCCCC